GUGACAAGUUCCGCCUGGUGCUGGCCACGACGCUCCGGGAGGACGGGUACCCGACCGACGGACCCGACUACAACCCGCUGGAGACCGGGCCGUCGCGAGCUGAUCCCUUCGACUACGUGAUGUACGGCAAGAUCUAUCGCAUCGAGGGAGAUGACGGCCUGAUCGAGACGUCCGGGAGAUUGUCGGCGUACGUCUCCUAUGGUGGUCUGCUGAUGCGCCUUCAGGGUGAUGCCAACAACCUUCACGGCUUUGAGGUGGACAAACACAUCUAUCUGCUCAUGAAGAAGCUGGCUUAUUAAAUCACCUGGUGAUAUCAUGCUCAGGAAUACUCGUGUGUUUUCCUUUGGUUUGGUUUUCUUAAGUCUUGAUUUUAUUUUGAAGUCUUUAAUAAUAGUGAUUUUUAGUUUUUAAAAGAAUUGUCAGUCAAAUGCUUUGCAUUUUUUUCCUUUUUCCUAAGCCAUGGUCACUUAAAUUGUGUAAAUUGCCAAAAAAUAAUGUACAAGUUUUGUAAUAAAGUUUUUUCAGAUAAA